AUGUGUUUUGAGAAAGUGGUUCACAUGGAAGUUGGAUGGUUCGACGAGCCAGAGAAUUCAAGUGGAACCAUAGGAGCAAGGCUAUCUGCAGAUGCAGCCACAAUACGUGGUCUAGUUGGGGAUGCUUUGGCUCAGACGGUACAGAAUCUUUCAUCUAUAUUGGCUGGUUUGAUCAUUGCCUUCUUGGCUUGUUGGCAAUUGUCCUUCGUCGUCCUCGCUAUGCUCCCGCUUAUUGCACUCAAUGGAUUUCUAUACAUGAAGUUCAUGACAGAAGACAAAGUGAUGAAGAUGUACACAAAGAAAUGUGAAGGUCCAAUGAAGACAGGGAUUCGUCAAGGCAUAGUCAGUGGUAUUGGUUUCGGCUUCUCUUUCUUCGUCCUCUUCGCUUCUUACGCUACCAGUUUCUACGUUGGAGCUCGCCUUGUCGAUACGGUGUUCUUUGCUUUGACAAUGGCGGCAAUGGCAAUAUCUCAAUCGAGUUCGUUAUCUCCUGAUUCAAGCAAAGCAGAUGUAGCUGCUGCUUCGAUAUUCGCAAUCAUGGACAGAGAAUCAAAGAUUGACCCGAGCGUUGAGUCUGGAAGAGUGUUGGAAAAUGUUAAAGGAGACAUUGAGCUUCGUCAUGUUAGUUUCAAAUACCCAGCAAGACCAGAUGUGCAAAUCUUCCAAGAUCUUUGUCUAAGCAUUCGAGCCGGAAAGACAGUUGCUUUGGUCGGAGAAAGCGGGAGCGGGAAAUCAACGGUGAUAGCAUUGUUGCAGAGGUUUUACGAUCCAGAUUCAGGUGAGAUCACUCUUGACGGUGUAGAGAUCAAGAGCUUGCGAUUGAAAUGGUUGAGACAACAGACGGGACUUGUGAGCCAAGAACCAAUCUUGUUCAACGAAACAAUCAGAGCCAACAUUGCUUACGGCAAAGGAGGAGACGCGAGUGAAUCCGAAAUCGUUUCUUCAGCUGAAUUAUCAAACGCCCAUGGUUUCAUCAGUGGUCUACAACAGGGUUACGAUACGAUGGUGGGAGAAAGAGGAAUUCAAUUAUCAGGUGGACAGAAGCAACGAGUAGCCAUAGCUAGAGCCAUCGUCAAGGAUCCAAAG